AUGCAGAUAGUUUGUUACUAGAAUACGCCGCCAAAAAUAUGAGCCACUAAGAAAUUUCAUUGGUGAUGAUCAAGGAGCAUAAUAUACAUUUGAGCUCUAACGCGGUGGGGAGGCGUUUGCGACGGUGUGAUUAUCCACCAAGGCGAGGAUCAACAGGGUACAGUGAUGCAGAACUGGAACGUAAAAUAAAGGACAUGCUACAAUCUUCGCCACCGACAGUUGGCUAUAGACAUACGACAGACAAGCUCAGACAUCUAAAUAUACCAGUUCGCAGAGGUAAAGUAAUGGAAAUUAUGAGACGAAUUGACCCACUCGGUGUUGAUUUUCGAAGACGCCGUCGCAUCAAACGAAAAAUAUAUUAUUCACAGGGUCCAAAUUAUAUAUGGCAUGUUGAUGGAUAUGACAAAUUAAAACCGUUUGGAUUUCCUAUUCAUGGAUGCAUAGAUGGGUUUUCACGACAAAUUAUGUGGCUUGAAGUAGGGCCUUCUAAUAAUGAUCCAGAGAUAGUGGCCUGCAAUUUUGUCCAAACUGUAGCGACUUUGAGAGGAUGCCCAAGAAUACUACAAAGUGACCCGGGAACAGAAAACAUAACCAUGGGUGCUCUUCAGUGUUUGUAUCGAAAUCCAGAACAAGAUCAGUCCACGGCAAGAGACUGUUAUCGAGUUACCAGAUCAGUUUUCAAUCAGAGAAUUGAGGCAUGGUGGAGCAUGAUGCGCCGGCAUGAAAUGGAAUGGUGGAUCUCUUUUUUCAAGGAAUUGGAGACUGAUGGUUUCUUUCGUAAAGAUGUGAUAAAUGAUGUGUAUUCAUUGCGAUUUUGCUUUAUGCCAGUUCUACAAAACGCCCUGGAUGCGGUAAAAGAGCAAUGGAACAAUCACUCAAUAGCAUACAACAGACAAUCUACUUGUCCACAUGGUCGUCCAAAUGUACUUUAUAUACUGCCAGAGGAAAAGGGAUUCUCUGAUUGCAUUCACCCCGUUUCUGAAGAAGAUAUUAACUUCAGCAAACUGCAGUGCAAGGUUCCAACUAGAAGUGGAUCUUUGGAAUUUGACAAUUAUUCUAAUGCUUUGUUUGGACGAAAAGGGUGGAGUGAUGCAACUUCCUUGCAAGAAGCACUUGAGCAAUAUUUUGAACUGGUUGAAAAUAAUGUGAAUUAA